GACAGCUCGGCUGACACACUACUCCUAAGCGAGCUACCUGCUCUUAAGAGUGCGUUCAACAGCGUUAUCGGUCCAGCAAGAGGCAGCUAUAAACUUAAGAUUUAGUGUGGGACCCCUGAAUACUCCUAGAACAUGCGCGCAGCAAGGUUUCAUGGCAAGGAGGACAUACGAAUUGAGAAUGUGGCAGAGCAGAAGUGCGGCGCGGGGCAAGUCAGGGUUGCCCCAGCCUACGUAGGCAUAUGUGGAACAGAUCUCCACGAAUAUCUUGGUGGACCAACUUUCGCACCAAUAAAACCGCAUCCUGUGACUCAGGAAACGAUCCCGAUCACACUAGGACACGAGUUCUCGGGCGUUGUCACUGAACUUGGCUCGGGCGUGUCUUCCUUCUCCAUAGGCCAGCAUGUCGUCGUUCAGCCCACAAUAUACUGUGGCACCUGUCAAGCCUGUACCGCUGGUGUCGAGAACGUUUGUUACAAUGGUGGGUUUAUAGGGCUUUCGGGAGGCGGAGGGGGGCUGAGUGACUCGGUCGUUGUCCCCGAAGGAGCUGUGUUGAGGCUCCCGGAUAAUGUGCCACUGGAUAUUGGCGCGCUGGUUGAGCCACUGAGCGUAGCAUGGCACGCGAUAUCUGCGGCUCCUCUGACGAACGAUUCUGUUGUUCUAAUUCUAGGAGGAGGCCCUAUCGGAUUGGCGAUAGUACAGUGUCUCGUCUCACUGGGCACAGAGAUGAUCAUUGUGAGUGAGGUAUCGAAGUCACGACAACAAUUUGCUCGCAAUUUCGGCGCCCAUCACGUCCUCGACCCGCGAACAAACGACGUCGUAGCAAUCAGCAAGGAGCUUAGUGGGAGAGAUGGACCAGAUAUUGUGUUUGAUUGUGCUGGCGUAUCUGCAAGCCUGACAACUGCCUGCACGGCUGUAAGAGCUCGGGGAACUGUUGUCAAUGUCGCAAUAUGGGAGAAGGAGGUGCCCUUCAAUCCUAACAUGUUAGUCUUCCGAGAAGCGAAGUAUACGGCUGUGUUGGGAUAUCAGAGGAAGGACUUCCAGGCGGUUAUUGACCAAAUAGCAGCGGGGAAUUUGAAGCCGAGCAAUAUGAUUACUAGCAAGAUCCAGUUGGAUGAUCUAAUCGAGGGCGGAAUCAAGGCUUUGAUCCAUGAUAAAGAGAGUCAUGUUAAAAUAUUGGUCGAAGUUGGCGGGAUGAAUCUUGCUAAUCCGGCGGCUGUGCAUUGAGAGGACUUGCAAAGCGCCUACGCCCUGGUUGAGCUAUCGCUGAUUCUGUGAAGGUGCUUGAGUGGCUGUGUAUUAACACUGGUUUCUCUAAUCAAAUAUUUUGUGCUCAAACCUACCUGGCAUCAAUGGUG